AUGAAUCUUGCGAAUAAUUGUUUUCAAGGAAAUCUUCCAUCUUCUUUGGGUAACAUGAAAGAGAUUGAAUUUUUGGAUAUAUCUCUCAACAAUUUCUACGGGAAGCUACCGGGAAGUUUCUUAGAGGGUUGUUACUCUUUGAGUUUCUUGAAGAUGUCACAUAACCAACUAAGUGGAAAGACAUUCCUAGAGACAGCCAACUUUACUUAUUUAAGUGUGUUGUGUAUGGAUAACAACCUGUUUACAGGAAAGAUUGGAGACGGUUUGCGGAGCUCGAGAUCUUUAUCUAUGCUUGACAUUUCGAACAACAGUUUCUCAGGCGUUAUUCCAAUCUGGAUUGGCGAACUUCCAGAGUUAUAUGCAUUACUGCUUUCACACAACUCAUUGGAAGGUGAAAUACCUCUUUCGUUGUUCAACAUAUCUACACUAGACCUACUGGACCUCUCUGGAAACCUUUUAUCUAGGGGCAUACCUUCGCUUGUCAAUUCUAGAUAUCUGACAGUGUUUCUCUUGCAAGGCAAUAAUUUAUCAGGAGUAGUUCCAGACAUAUUGCUAGCACAUGUCGCUGUGCUUGAUCUGAGAGAUAACAGAUUGUCCGGAAAUAUUCCUGAGUUCAUCAAGACCCAAAACAUUAGUAUUCUUCUUCUGCGGGGGAAUAAUUUAACAGGUCAUAUUCCCCACCAAUUGUGUCCCCUAAGCAACAUCCAGCUUUUGGAUCUUUCCAACAAUAGACUUAAUGGUUCCAUACCUUCAUGUCUUAGCAAUACAUCAUUUGGUUUUGGGAAUGGGGACAGCUUCGACGGUUCUUAUUUUGAUUAUGGAAUUUCUUCCUCAAUAACAUUCUACACAUAUUUCAAAUCUCUGAUUGUGGAAGAUCAGUUUAGCAAGGAUUUCAAGGCCGAGACCAAGACGAUAAUUGACUUUGCAACAAAACACCGAUACGAUGCCUAUUGGGAUGGAAAUCUCAAAUUAUUGUUUGGAAUGGAUCUCUCAGCAAAUGAGCUUAGCGGUGAGAUCCCAGUAGAGCUUGGAGGUCUUGGGGAAGUACAAGUUCUCAAUCUUUCUAACAACAAAUUAUCAGGUGUGAUACUAGAAGGCUUUUCAGCUCUGAAGAAAGUGGAAAGCCUUGAUUUAUCUUUCAACAGAUUCCAAGGCCGGAUCCCACCACAACUUACAGAUCUUAGCAGCCUUGCUGUCUUCAAUGUCUCAUUCAACAACUUAUCAGGAAUCAUUCCAGAGGGAAGACAGUUUAACACCUUCGACACGCAAAGCUACUUAGGUAAUCCUCUUCUUUGUGGGAAACCAACCAACACAAGCUGCGAGAGGAAUAACUUUCAAGAACCAAAUAAUGGAGUGGAAGCUGAUGAAUCCACAAUCGACAUGGUGUCUUUCUACUGGAGUUAUGCUGCAGCCUAUGUGACAAUACUUCUUGGGUUACUCGCAUCACUCUCAUUUGAUUCUCCUUGGAGCAGAGCUUGGUUCUACAUCGUUGAUGCUUUCAUCCACAAGGGUAGGAAACUGUUGUGA